AUGAGUCUCAAUUCGCAACAAUAUCUUUCAUGUCUUCAUUCUGGUCAAGUCGUUGACAUUCAACGAUCCAAUGGACGUAUACAUCAAGCUGUCAUAACCAAGGUAAAUCAUUCGAUACGAACGAUAACUGUCGAAUGGCAAGAAAAGAAUGAAGGUAAAGGCAAAGAAGUCGACCUGGAUGCCAUUGUGAAACUUAAUCCCAAUCUCUUUCAAUCAAUCGCACAUUCGCCUUCACGUACUGGUGCUAUCAGUCGAAAUCUCGAUACUGACCAUAAUGAUUACCACUCCACUGAAAAUAAUCCUGCACAAUCAAAUCGUCAUACGAAACGAGAUUCUGAAAAACUACCGCGACAGUCUCGACUGGACAAAAGCUCAAAUAUGAAUGACCAAUCACCACAAAGGCAACAGAAUGCUGUUGUUGAUCCGAAUAGAUCAAAAGUUGUCAAAGAAAUCGAACGUAUCGCUGCAAAUCGUGAACAACGCCGAGCGAAGCAAGAAGUACGUCGACAGAGACUAUCCGAAGUCGACCAUACAAUUCCAGCAUGGGAGUUUCAAGCGAUGAUCAACGAAUAUCGGCAGCAGCUCGGUAUGAAACACCUGACACUGAAUGACCAACAGAAAGAUCUAAGAAUUACCGUUUGUGUGCGGAAAAGGCCAAUCACAAAAAAGGAAUUAAACAAAAAAGACAUUGAUGUGUUAACAGUUCCAAAUAAAGAUCAUGUUGUUGUACAUUUACCAAAAGUGAAACUUGAUUUAACCAAAUACAUCGAUAACAAUACAUUUCGUUUUGAUUAUGCCAUGAAUGAAUCGUGUACUAAUGAACUUGUUUAUUAUUUCACGGCGCAACCGUUGGUACGUUCAUUAUUUCAAGGAUGUAAUCCAUUAGUGUUCGCGUACGGACAGACGGGAUCUGGUAAAACAUAUACUAUGGGUGGUGAUUUAAGUCAACGCGAUAUAGACUUUUCCAAAGGAAUCUAUGCGCUCACAGCCAAUGAUAUCUUUCGUCAGCUGCAUAAGUCUCAAAAUCGAGAUCAAUUCGAUAUUUAUUGUACAUUUUUUGAAAUUUAUUGUACUAAAGUCUUCGAUUUAUUUAAUGAGAAGAAACGCUUACGUGUACUAGAAGAUCACAAGAAUUUAGUUCAAGUCGUGGGCAAAAAAGAAGAACGAGUGGAAAGUGUUACUGACGUAAUGUCGUUGAUACGUCGUGGAAUGAGUGUACGAACAUCUGGUACAACGUCAGCCAAUGAACAUUCAUCUCGUUCGCAUGCUGUUUUUCAAAUCAUCUUAAAAAAACAAAGUACCAACAAAGAAUACAGCAAAAUUUCGUUAAUCGAUCUAGCUGGCAGCGAACGUGGCCGAGAUACGCAAACCAAUGAUAAAACAACACUGAUGGAAGGUGCGCAAAUCAAUAAAUCGCUGUUAACAUUAAAAGAAUGUAUACGCGCGCUAGGUCGUAACGCUGAACAUAUUCCAUUCCGUGGUUCAACUCUCACUAAAGUUCUUCGUGAUUCAUUUAUUGGUGAGAAAUGUAAGAUCUGUAUGAUUGCCAUGAUCUCUCCUGGCAGUAGCGAUGUUGACCAUACGUUAAAUACAUUGCGGUAUGCUGAUCGUGUCAAAGAAUUGAACGUUGACGAAUUGAAACAACGUGGGAUCGAACUUCAUCAAAAAUCCAAUCCAGUUCUACAUGAUGAUUCUCCGUCACCGGAUGAAGAUGACUAUUACGAUGAUGAUGAACUGUUGAACGAAUCAAGCACACAAGUGAUUCCGCCAUCGCGUACAACCAUAUCGAAACCUCAACUGAAUUAUUCGAGUAGAUCGCAACUAUCCAAAACAAAUCAAUCGAGACAUAAAUUCGAACAAGCCAUAGCUCGCUCGCACGAACUAGAAGACUUAACAUUAGAAUCGCAUCAUGGAUUUCUCGAUGAAUUACCACAAUUACUCGCUGGCCAUCAAACUGUCUUCGAUUCUUCGACACAUAUGAACUACGAUCGAGAAAAAUAUACCAAACAAUUAAUCCACCUGAUCGAUAAUCAACAACAACAUUUGACUAGUUUACGUCAGAGAGCAUUGCAAAUGCGCGACGCUGUUGCUCAUGAAACUGUUUGUGCGAAAGAAUUAACAUCGAAAUAA